GCCCACUGAAGACAGCCAAGAUGAAAGUCAAGGAUAUGACAUUCAAGGAGGGGCAUGAGUUCAAGAUCCGCAUCAAGCCCAAGGACGACUGCGAAUCCUUUGCCAUCAACAUCGGUCAUGACUCCGAAAACAUCGCAAUGCACUUCAACCCCCGUUUCGACUGCGGCGGUGAUGUCAAUACCAUCGUCUUCAAUUCCUUGUCCGGGGGGUGCUGGGGUGACGAGCACCGUGAGAGUAACUUUCCCUUCCUGCGUGGGGAGGAAUGCAAGUUUUACAUCAACUUCAACAGUGAGCAGUUUUACAUCAAGCUUCCUGAUGGUUGCAUGGUGAACUUCCCCAACCGCCUGGGAGACGUCAAGUACAAGUACUUUGAUGUCAGCGGUGACGCAAGGAUCGUCGGCAUCAAGAUCAAGUAAAGGUUGAACUCUCUCAACCCUUGACUCUUGAUGUGUCCACUUUUUGUUCGUUGCUGAAAUAGUCUUUUACAUUACUGAGCUCUUUGUCUUUUCUCAUGUUAAGGCUUAUGGAAAAUAACACCAGAGAUUUAUACCAACAGGGAGUGCUGAUGUUGUAAUAAGAGGGAAUGGCGUACAGAGGGAGCCACAACACAUCUUACUGCUCUGUGUCUGCUUGAGCUCUUGUUAGUCACUGGCUUUGUCAAUAAAUGCUGUGGGAAAAAA